CGGAGCUUGGGAACUCAAGGAAAGGGGCGGAGGGGAAUGCAGGGGGCGGCUCUGCUUCCUCUGCCAGCCUGUUUUUCUGGGGAAAAGCUCAUCUGGAGCAGGUAGAACAAAGUCUUCCCAGGAUGGGGAUGGGUUCCGGUACUCCGUGAGCCCCCUCCCUCCUUAAAACUUCUUGGAACCAGCCUGUUUUGAGGAAGAUGGUGACCAGGUCAGGGGGCAACUGAGCAACAUGGCUGUGCGGUUUGAGGUUGCAGAGAUGGAGGAAAUGACCAUCUGGGAGCAAUAUACCAUUACAUUGAAUCGGGAUCCCCGGAAGGGUUUUGGCAUUGCCAUUUCAGGUGGCCGCGAUCGUCCAAACAGUUCCGAUGGUGACACUUCUAUUGUCAUAUCAGAUGUGGUGCCUGGAGGCCCGGCUGUUGGACGACUCCAGACCCGUGACAAGAUUGCCAUGGUCAAUGGCCUCUCCAUGGAGAACGUAUCUUCGUCUUUCGCCAUCUCCACUCUGAAAACCUGUGGCAAGUUGGCUAAUAUUACGGUAAAAAGACCCAGAAAAAUCCAUCUGCCAGUUGCCAAAUCCAGCCAGCCGAAAAGCCAGCCUCCCUUGACUUCUACUAAACAUGUGACGGAUGGGAGAAACGAUGACUCGGAUGAGGAUUAUGGGUACCAAGGCGGUGAGUCAGCCCCCUCAGGCAGAACCCCAGGGCAGAGCCGGCAGCAGACAGAAGCAGAACAUAACCGCGGUUACGAUGGAGACUCGUCCAGCGAGAGAAGUUCGGGACAUUAUCGUGAGGAGGACGAUGAUAGCGCCCACAGGCACCCCCUCAGGAGCCGGAGGCGGAGCCAAGAGGGGGGAUACCGGAGGCGGAGCCAAGACAGCGGGUCUGAUAGGGCCCUACUGGCCAAUGGGCACCAUCACAAAGGAAGCACCAGCGGGCUUGUCCUGAUGUCCGGGUUUAAGAGACUGCCGAGGCAGGAUGUGCCGAUGAAACCCGUCCGCUCGGUUUUGGUGAAACGGAAGGAGAGUGAAGAAUAUGGACUGAAGCUGGGUAGCCAGAUUUUCAUCAAGCACAUCACCGAGACAGGAUUGGCAGCCAAGGAUAACUCCCUGCAGGAAGGGGACCUUAUCCUCAAGAUCAAUGGCGUUAUCAGCGAGAACAUGUCCUUGGAAGAGACAAAGCAGCUGAUCGAGCAGUCCGAGGGAAAACUGACCUUACUCGUUUUGCGUGAUAACAGCCAGUUCUUGGUCAACAUCCCUCAAGUGAGAGACAGCGAUACGGAAAGUUCCCAUCUGGACGAUAUAUCUGAUCUUGGUUCAGACAUCUCGCCUCCCCCUCCUGUGGGAAGUACACCACAUUCUCCUCAGUCUCCAGCAAGGGAGUCUCUCCGAUCAAACAGGGAUUACAGCACACAAGAGACAGCAACGGAAGAGUUGACUUCACCAUCAGUUCUUAGUCCUGAGGAAUCCGCCACCAAUGAAUACAAUGCCCGAGGGAAUAAUUCCACUACACAAAAUGCGGGGAUUUCAGGGUACAGCCCCGAUUUGAAGGUGGUGAGUUUUGUCAAAGCCAAGAGCAUCGGGCUCCGUCUUACCGGCGGGAACGACGUUGGGAUAUUUGUGUCUGGCGUGCAGGAGGGCAGCCCGGCUGAGAUGCAAGGCAUCCAGGAAGGUGACCAGAUCCUUCAGGUGAAUGAGAAGCCCUUCCAGAACUUGACUCGCGAGGACGCUGUGCAGUACUUGAUGGAGUUGCUCCCAGGGGAAGAAGUGACGUUCCACGUUCAGAACAAACAGGACAUUUACAAGAAGAUGGUCAGAUCCAACCUGGGAGAUUCGUUCUACAUCCGCACCCACUUUGACUUUGAGAAAGACACGCCUUCCGCCCUGAGUUUUACACGAGGAGAAGUCUUCCACGUGGUGGACACGAUGUAUCGGGGCAAAUUAGGAAGCUGGCUGGCUCUACGGAUGGGAAAGGAUCUUCAAGAGCUGGACAAGGGCAUUAUCCCAAACCAGAGCAGGGCAGAACAGUUCGCCAGUUUGGAAACAGUUCUCAAAGCGACGUCAAAGAACUCCAGUGCUUUAGGGGCUCGAGCAGAGUUCUGGAAACUCCGAGGUUUGCGGGGAGCCAAACGGAUGCUGCGCAAAAGCCGGGAAGAUCUUUCAAGCCUCACCAAGCAGGGCCACUACCCGCCUUACGAGAAGGUUGUACUCAAGGAAGCCACUUUUAAGCGUCCUGUGGUGAUCCUGGGCCCAAUUGCUGACAUCGCCAUGCAGAAGCUGAGCACAGAGAUGCCAGAUGAAUUUCAGAUUGCAGAGAGUGUUACCCGAGAAGGAGGAACAUCCAAAGUGAUCAAACUGGACACUGUAUGGCAAGUUGCAAAGCAGGAUAAACAUGCAUUGUUAGAUAUCACACCAGCUGCUGUAGAACGUCUCAAUUACGUGCAGUAUUUCCCCAUUGUGGUCUUCUGUGAGCCGGAGAGCCGGCAAGGAAUCAAGGCCAUGAGGCAGUGGCUAGCACCAGAUUCCAAGAAAAGCUCUCGGCGCCUCUAUGCACAGGCCGCUAAGAUGCAGAAGCAUUGCAGCCACCUCUUCACGGACACCAUCAGUCUCGCCGGAGGAUCCAACAACUGGUAUUACACCCUGAAGGAGAUCAUCCAAAUUCAGCAGGCCCGCCCUGUCUGGAUGACGGAAGAACAGGUGGAUGCUUCGGCUGAGGAGGAUCUAGACAUAUUGAACCAGACCUCGGCCAUCAGUAUGGGUGACCUGACUUGUGACAGCCGGGCCAACAGUGAUUAUGAGGAAACCGACGCAGAAGGAGAACCUUACACGGACCAGGAGCUAGACGAGCCCUAUCAAGAGGCAGCUCUGAGCCGUUCUUCAGAGCCAGCAGAACAACACCUGGAUCAGGAGCUGAAUGAACGUGUGGCAGCUGCUUUGGCCUACCCCGUUGACGUGCAUGAUAGUGAUCACCAACCCCAAGGACAGUGGCAGAGCAAUUAUGACACCAGGGAAUACGAACAUGAGGCGCUGAGGAAGAAGUUCACCCAUGCGCAGACUUAUGACUCUGAGUCAGACGAGGACUAUGGUUAUGACUGGGGACCUGCCACCGACCUGUGACCGCACCAAGGAGCCACGUGGCCUCCCGCAACAUUCUUGGAUGGCCCUGCAAAAGCUGUCCUCGUCAUUCCAAUUUUGCUGGAUCCCUUCCAAGGCCUUUGAUCGCCUAUAGAG